GAUAAGGAACAAAAAGCAAAAGAGAGCGUAACAAAGUAACACAGUAGUCAGUAGCGAACCAAAUCAACAAGAUAAUAAAACCCCCAAAAACUAGGGUUUGAAUCUUUGGGAAGAUGUGUUCGUUAUCGAUGCAAUUCACGCUCUUGCAAUCACCAUCUCGACCAUCUUCGUCGUCUUUUUUACUCAACCGUGAACCUAAACUCUCUACUACAUCUUCCUCUGUGAGCUUCCCGUUGAAGAGUAGUAGCGGAAGUGGGAGUUUGAUGGUUGUGAGAGUUAAAGCUUAUGGUUCUGAUUCAUCUGCAGAUUCAUCCACGCCUCCUAAUGGCACUCGGCAGCCUAAAAGCAGGAGGGAUAUAUUACUGGAGUAUGUUCAGAAUGUGAAGCCUGAGUUCAUGGAGAUGUUUGUUAAACGUGCCCCUAAACAUGUGGUUGAAGCAAUGAGACAAACUGUGACGAAUAUGAUUGGAACGUUGCCUCCUCAGUUUUUUGCGGUUACUGUCACAUCUGUUGCUGAGAACCUUGCACAGCUGAUGAUGAGUGUAUUGAUGACUGGGUAUAUGUUCAGAAACGCUCAAUAUCGUCUUGAAUUGCAACAAAGUUUGGAGCAGGUUGCUCUUCCUGAGCCACGUGAUCUAAAGGUGAACACUUUCAGCCAGGGGGGUGAUGAAGACUACGCACCUGGAACUCAAAAGAACGUUUCAGGGGAAGUGAUCAGGUGGAAUAACAUUUCUGGUCCUGAGAAGAUUGAUGCAAAAAAGUAUAUUGAGCUUCUGGAAGCAGAGAUCGAAGAACUCAACCGUAUGGUGGGGAGAAAAUCUUCGAAUCAGCAGAACGAGAUUUUGGAGUAUCUAAAAUCUCUUGAACCCCAAAAUCUUAAGGAGCUUACAAGCACUGCAGGCGAAGAUGUUGCCGUGGCCAUGAAUACAUUUGUCAAACGGCUUCUAGCUGUGUCAGACCCAAACCAAAUGAAGACAGAAGUGACAGAAACAAGUGCAGCGGACCUGGCGAAAUUGUUGUAUUGGUUAAUGGUGGUGGGAUAUAGCAUUCGGAAUAUCGAGGUUCGGUUUGAUAUGGAACGUGUGCUUGGUACUCAAGCGAAGCUUGCAGAGCUGCCUCCUGGUGAAAUUAUUUGAACACUAAGGUGAAUAAAACCGGGGGCUUUUUUACCCAAAGAACUCCGAAUUUUCACUUGUCAAGUAAUUUUUCUAUUGUAAAAUUGAUCAUCAAACUUACUUUGAAGAGAAGACAGUAUUGGCUGAUGGUAUUAGAUCACAGAUUUUUGUUGCUUUGA